GGUGGUGGGACCGCAAGAGCGGCGCACCGUCAAGAUGGCUGCUGGACUGCGGAAACGCGGCCCGCCGGGUCCUGUAGCCCAGCCGGCGGGACUCUGGAAACAAUGGCUACAGCGGGCCUGGCAAGAAUGCUGCCUUCUGUUGCGAGAGCCGCGCUACACACUGCUGGUGGCCUCCUGCCUUUGCCUAGCAGAGGUGGGCAUCACCUUCUGGGUCAUUCACAGGGUGGCAUACACAGAGAUCGACUGGAAAGCCUACAUGGCCCAAGUGGAGGGUGUCAUCAAUGGCACAUACGACUACACACAGCUGCAGGGUGACACUGGCCCCCUUGUCUACCCAGCUGGUUUUGUGUACAUCUUUAUGGUGCUGUACUAUGCGACUGGCCGGGGCACGGACAUCUCCAUGGCCCAGAACAUCUUUGCUCUGCUCUACCUGGUCACCUUGCUACUUGUUUUCUUGAUAUACCACCAGACCUCCAAGGUGCCCCCCUUCGUCUUUUUCUUCAUGUGUUGCGCCUCUUACCGCGUCCACUCCAUCUUUGUGCUGCGGCUCUUCAAUGACCCAGUGGCUAUGGCAUUGCUCUUCCUAAGCAUCAACCUCUUCCUGGCAAACUCCUGGGGCUGGGGCUGCUGCUGUUUCAGCCUGGCCGUCUCUGUGAAGAUGAAUGUGCUGCUCUUCGCCCCUGGGUUGCUGUUCCUUCUCCUGACUCAGUUUGGCUUCCGUGGUGCCCUGCCCAAGCUGGCCAUCUGUGCUGCUGUUCAGGUGGUACUAGGACUGCCCUUCCUGCUGGAGAACCCCAUUGGCUACCUAUCCCGCUCCUUUGACCUUGGCCGUCAGUUUCUCUUCCAAUGGACAGUGAACUGGCGCUUCCUUCCUGAGGCCGUCUUCCUGCACCGUGCUUUCCAUCUGGCCCUGUUGGCUGCCCAUCUUACCCUCCUCCUGCUGUUCGCCCUCUGUAGGUGGCACAGAACAGGGGAAAGUAUUCUUUUGUUGCUGAAGGUUCCUUCCAAGAGGAAAGUUCCACCCCAACCCCUCACACCUAACCAGAUUGUCUCUACCCUCUUCACCUCCAACUUCAUCGGCAUCUGCUUCAGUCGCUCCCUCCACUACCAGUUCUAUGUCUGGUAUUUCCACACACUGCCCUACCUCCUGUGGGCCAUGCCUGCACGCUGGCUCACACACCUGCUCAGGCUGCUGGUGCUGGGGUUCAUAGAGCUUUCAUGGAACACAUACCCAUCCACAUCCUUCAGCUCUGCCUCCCUGCACAUCUGCCAUGCUGUCAUCCUGCUGCAGCUCUGGACGUCCCCUCGGUCUUUCCCCAAGAGCAUCCAGCCUAGCAAGAAAACUCACUGAAAUCCACUUCAUCCUUCUAGGACCCGCCCAGGAUCAUGGGUGGAAUGGACUCUGUGUUUAGAAUAAACCUUGCCAAGUCCA